CUCCGGGCCUGAGCAGGCGGCGGCGGGGGCGCCGCGCCGGGCGGGCGGCGGGGCCAUGCUGGGCAAGGACUACAUGCUGGCCAUCGUCCUGGUCAACUGCGACGACAACCUCUGGAGCGACCAGAGCCUGGAGACAGACCCUGACCUCCCCCCAGGCUGGAGGAAAAUCUGUGACUCUCUGGGUACCUAUUACUGGCAUGUGCCAACAGGCACGACACAGUGGCAGCACCCUGCACGCAGCACUGGCCCAGGAGGGCACACGGAGGCUGAUGGAGAUGACGCACUCCAGGGAAGGGAAUGCCAGGGCCCUGCAGCGAAGCACUCGGCCAAGGACCGGCCCAUUCCCAGCCCCAUGGCUUCGCUGUCCCGGAGGCACUCCCUGUCCUGGCAUGGAGAUGACUUCCAGCACAGCACAGAGCCCGGCUCCAAGUGCUUUGCUGUGCGCUCUCUGGGCUGGGUGGAGAUCCCCGAGGAGGACCUGGCACCUGGCAAGAGCAGCAUCGCCGUCAACAACUGCAUCCAGCAGCUCUCCAACAGCAAGGGCCAGGGCUCUGCGGAGAACCAGGGCGAGGGCCAGGACCUAGUGAUGAUUCUGAAGAAGGACACCAUGAGCCUGGUGGACCCCCUGGACCGCAGCCUCAUCCACCGCCAGCCCAUCCUCAACAUCCGUGUCUGGGGCGUUGGCUGCGACAACGGCAGGGACAGAGACUUCGCCUUCGUGGCCAGUGACAAGGACACCUGCGUCCUCAAGUGUCACGUCUUCCACUGCAAUGUGCCUGCCAAAGGCAUCGCCAAGGCUCUGCAUGAGAUGUGCUCCAAGAUCGUGGCCGAGCGAGCCGUAGCGAGCAGCAGGCUGCCCCGCGCCGCCACGCUGGAGCCCAUCUCCGCCGAGGACCUGCCGCUGCAAGUGGAUAUCCUAGAAGCAGUGAGGCAGUCGAUGCAGACCUACGAGGCGCUGUACAUCGGCAGCCUGCCCGUGCCCAGGGCCAUGGGGAUGGAUGUGUUGAAUGAGGCCAUCGAGAAGCUGACGAGGCGUCCUGGGCGGGAGAACUGGACGCCCUCCCUGAUCUACGUGUCGGACACGGCCAUGAGGGUGCACCCGGCGCAGGAGCCCGAGGAGGCGGCGCACAUCUGGGAGUGCCAGGUGCGGUACGUGACCUUCCUGGGGGUGGGCCGGGACGCGCACACCUUCGCGCUCAUCGUGGAUACGGGGCGACGCUUCCAGUGCGCGGCCUUCUGGUGCGAGCCCGACGCCGGCACCAUCUCGGAGGCGGUGCAGGCCGCCUGUAUGGUGCAGUACCAGAAGUGCCUCGUGGCCGCCGCGCCGGGGGCGAAGGCGAAGAGUGCGGCCGGGCGGGGCCGGGCCGGGCCGGCGGCCUCGGGGGACGCUGCCCGCGGGGCGGCCAAGGCGGGGGAGGCGGCGGCGGGGGCGGGGGCCGGGGCCCGCAAGCGGGGACUCUUCUCUUUCCUGGAGGUGUUCCGCCUUCGCCGGGCCCUCCUGCACAGCCCGUAG